AUGGAUGCUAGUCGCCACGGCGCAGUGGGGGCCUACAGGGGCCAGAUACAAGGGAGGGCCGGAAAGGGGUGCCGAGGGAAGGGCUUAGUUUUACUGCGCUUGGUCUGGUUCUCUGUGGAGCGAGCAGCUGGUCUGAAUCCCGGGAGAGUCUUUCACACAGUGGAGCCCAUUGAGGUGGAGGCCUGGCUACCCUCAAAGGAUGAUGUGUCCAGACAGAGAAAACCCAGGCUGAGCCCAGAGAUGAUUCCACGAGUCCCCUCCAGAAUCAAACCAUCUGGGAAGGAUGGGCUGAGGGCACAGAGUCUGGCCAGUGACGAAGAAGAGUACAAGCUGGGCCAUUGGGGAAACCCAGAGGGGUUACUAUGGAGGCCUCUGACGUCUCCAGAUCAGAAGCAAUGUCCCAUUUUCAAGUUGCCGUGGCUCACUCCAUGUUUUUCUUCCCCAGAGGUGGCAAAUGGUACGGUGACGAGCCUACCUGGGGCCACGGUGACCUUGAUCUGCCCCAGGAAGGAAGCAGUGGGCAACACCACUGUAUACUGGGUAUACUCUGGCUCGCAACCCAGAUGGUGGAAGACCACGGGGAACACACUGGUUCUGAGGGAAGUGCAGCUCAGCAACACUGGGAAUUAUGACUGCUUCCUGGAGCGUCACCGGGUUGGGACUGUGCCCUUGCUGGUAGAUGUUCCUCCAGAGGAACCCAAGCUCUCCUGCUUCCGGAAGAACCCCUUUGUAAAUGCUAUUUGUGAGUGGCGCCCGAGCAGCACCCCCUCUCCAACCACGAAGGCUGUGCUGUUUGUGAAGAAAAUAAGGCUCAAGAAGACAUGGAAGUUGCAAGCUGUGAAGGACAGCAAGAAGGCUUCUCCCCCGCCAUACUCCUUGGGACAGCUGAAGCCGACCUUCGUUCUGGUUCCUCUCCUCAGGCGGGAGGGGUCCCACCACACCUCUGGGCCUGACAACACCUUAAGCCACGGCUGCCUGGGUGUCAGGGACACAUAGAGCCCUUUUGACACCUGCAGCAGAGACUGCUUAUUCCCCACAUAGUUGACUGGAUGACCAGGAGAUCAGCGCGCAGGCUUCUCAC